AUGUAUCAACAGCAAACCCACUCAUUGUUUUUGCGAAGGGAGAGAGACGGGCAGGAAAAGACACAGAUCUUCGUGAAAACCCUUACCGGCAAGACCAUCACCCUCGAGGUCGAGAGCGGCGACACCAUUGACAAUGUCAAAGCCAAGAUCGAAGUCAAAGAAGGAAUCCCGCCGGACCAAAAACAUCUCAUCUUCGCCGGAAAACAGCUCGAAGACGGACGUACCUUGGCCGACUACAACAUCCAGAAAGGUCCUGAUGUUUUGAUUUCUAGGCAGAACAGAGUUGGAACCGGGUCAAAGGGGAAAGAGAAAUUUGUAAGCAUUGGGAACUGA